AGAUGGCUGCUUCCGCGCGUUUCGGUCUCUUCCGUCCUGCCCAGCGAUUUCUCGUUGCCCGAUCGACGUCCUUGGGCCGACCUACGGUACAAUUUCGAGCAGAAUCGGGCCCCGCCGGCAAAAGCAAUGCCCCCAAUGCCACCGGACUUUCCGACCAUCGCCCCAACAGCUACGAUAAGUGGAUCCUGACCUUCUACAAAAAGUACCCGAAGGGGGCCGUGCCGGAUUUCGUACCGCAAGCGACCAUGGAGAAGGCCCGCAACAAGGCUCGCAUCCACCUCAACCUGGUCCUGGCUGCGCUUACCUUGCUCGGAGCGGCUCUUUUCGCCAACUGGGGCCGUCGGGACGCGAAACGCGGCCUGACCGUUAGCAAGAUCAACCAGGAGUGGCAUGCAGCGCAGAAGAGCAACCCAUAGCCGGCAGCAAAACCUUUUAUUCUCCGAGACGCUAUGUACAUUUGUUGUGGGUCCCCGAAGCGGCGGUGGGGGCCAAUAAAUAGUUUUAUGUA